AUGAGUAUUUAUUACGCCACUGGCAAGGUGACACACAACCAGCUGAACGUCCUGGACCUCUCCUGGCUGGAUGAAGGGCCAGAGCUCGGUCAGGAGGAGCUGGAGCCUCUGUCCCGCAACAUGGCUGCGUCGCUACAGCAACUGAUCAACCAGAGAGACAAAGAUAGUGAGGUGAUCGUGGAUCUGACCCAGGAGAGGGACUACCUGUCCAGCCAGCAGCCCCAGGAGGGCUGCAGGAACCUGGGAAUGAACAGCCCGGAGCGGGGGCAGGGCCAUGGAGGAGGGGGGAUGAGUAACGGGGGAUCGUCUGUCAAUACGUCUGGCCUGACCAAAGAGGAGAAGCAGCAUCUGUCUGUGGAGCUCGCUGACACCAAAUCCAAGCUCCGCAGAUACAGACAAGAACU